GUAAAAUAAAAAGGAGGCAGUGACACGCCACAGGCCACACCAUUACAAUUUACGAGCAAGGCUUCUGAUUGGAGCCAUUGAAGUUUCCCGUGAAUCAGAAAAUAAAAAAGCUUCACUUCCCGUGAAUCAGAAAAUCAAAAAGAUGACUGAUGCUGUUCGUCAAACGCAACCUCUUGAUGAAUAUUCCUCAGAGGAGGAUCAACCGCUGAGGAUACAACGUCGUCGUGUUGCUUCCACGUCUGACAAAAGGGCCAAAGCCUUGUUUCUCAAGUUGCGACGCAAUGGUGCUUUUUCAUACAAACAUAAGAAACCACAUCGACAACCAGGCUCACAUUUAAAGAAGCAGUGUGAUGCUACUUUGUCUAAUGAAUCAUCUGGUGAAGGCAAAGGAUCAUGGACUUCUGGUUGGGAAAAGGAACCUAGUUUGCAUAUGACGGAAGACGAUUUUCCAAGAGAGGUAUGGAUAGGCGAGGAUGAGCCGGAACUUGUUAUCCCUCGUAGCAAUGACGAAGAAUUGAUUUUUGAAGAUAUUGGUUUUCAACAUAUUCCUCCUGAAGACGACAUUACACCAAAGUUGUGUCGGAUAACCGUGGAUUCCGAGUUUGGUGAAAAGUCAGAGUUUGUCAAAUUGCUGAAGGAAAUUAACUGUGAAAAUCGGUUCGCUGCGUGCUCUGUGCAAUAUCCCUUAGCAUUUUAUGCCCGUUUAAACAAGUCAGAAGUUGACAACUUUAGAGAUGUAAAGGGAAUCAAUCAGGUGUUUGUUUAUGAAGGUAGAACUAUAUUUACACACCGGUAGAUGGCCUUCAAGUGACGCGUGUUUACGUCUGCCUUUUGCUUCUAAUUGUAAAAUUGUUCUCAAAGCACCGGUAGAUAUGUUAAUUACUAUCCUUAAAUAUCUAAUUGUAAAAUUGUUCUCAAAGCAACGCACAUCCUCAUGGAAGUAAGACUGUUUGGGAAGUCAUACUACGUACUGUAUUUGACAGUAUUAGAGAAGUCACAGGUUGGGAAGCACAAGGGCUGGUCCUUUUGUUUUAAAUGGUUGGCUUUGCGCUUUUAUUAACUUAACUUUUUGGGUUAUCAGGCGCCAAAAGCAAAAUCACCCCCUGGAAAAUCCGCAUGUCUAGAAAUUAAGUAGCUAUUGGUUCGUGCUCUGGUUAAUUUAUUUUGAUAAGUUUUCCGACUUUAAUUUAUAUGGAGUAAUUGCUAUAUCUUUGUAUCAGAUUAUAACUAGCAAUGACUAAACGAAAGCUUCGAUCAAUGUUAUAAUAGUUACCGUUUUCAGUUA